CAGGCAGGGUCUGCGCCGAGGCUGCAACGGCCGAGCCUGGGAGCCCUCCGUGCCAGCGACGCCCGGACGCGGCGCCCCCUGGGCUGGCUCCACCGCGCAGAGUCCCUUGAGGCGGCCGGGGCUCCUUCCCGCAUCGCCGCCUGCGCCCGUGUCGCCCGCCGCCGCGCCGCCAUGGGCAGCCACAGCUCCAAAGCCGCCAAGGGGGAGGCAGUGGCUCAGGACGCCGCCGUUGCUGCUGCCGGCGACGCCUCGCCCGCCAAGUCCAACGGCCAGGAAAACGGCCACGUGAAAGUCAAUGGGGAUGUCUCCCCAAAAGCCGAUGGGGAGGUGAGCUCCCUGAAUGGCAGUGGCUCAGUGGAGGCCCCCAAGGAGCUUGCCAAGGCCGAGAUGGGCAGCGGAGAUGCCAUAGAGCCAGCCCCGGUGGCUGAGGGGGAAGCCAAACCCGACGGAGCUGCUUCCACCAAGCAGACCCCCAAGAAGAAGAAGCGGUUCUCGUUCAAAAAAUCCUUCAAACUGAGUGGCAUUUCCUUCCGGAAAGCCAAAAAGGAAGCCGGGGACGUGUCGGCCACCUCCUCUCCCAGCGAGGAGCAGCAGGUGAAGGCCGAAGCAGCGGAGGCUGAGGACCAGCCAGCCACUGCUGCCACCGAGGAGGGGGAGCAGGCCAGCGUGCCCCAAGAGGAGACAGAGGCCCCCGAGGAAACCCCCACUGUGGCCUCUGCUCCCGACAAUGAACCGGUGGCCAAGCGGCAAGAUGGCAGCGAGGGGCCAGCCAAGGAGGAGGAAGAGCCUCAGCAGCUGCCUUCCAGUGAGGGCCAGGGGGAUGUAAAGCCAGAAGGAACCUCAACAUCUGUGGAAGUGGAGCCUAGCACUGUGGCCGACCAGGCUGCUGCUGCAGAGCAGAAAGAAGAGUAGAGCUGACUUAGCUGCCCACCUCCUGCCCAUCGGAAAGCGAACUGUGCCAUCCUUCCAAUCCUGACAACCCCACAGAACUACUGCCUUGACCACAUGCCACACAUGCCCGCCACACACACAGGCCUUCUGCAUUGAGAUGGCAAGCUUUGUCUCUCCACAGUGUCUCCACACACAGUGAAGGAAAAAAAAACACCUGACUUUUGCCCCAUUGUCCCUCAAGCAGGAGUUCUAAAGCCCCCCCCUUAAAACUAUAUGGAGAGAUAACUGAUCCUGGACAAAAACUGGAAAUUGCUCCAUUGAAUGAGACUCCAGCUAUUAACACCAAGUUCUUUUUCCUCAGAUCUUCUGUUUCUACUAAUCUUCAAAAGCAGCUUUUCUUUUUUCUCCAAAAAGUCCAACAAACCAGCAACAACUGACCCGUUUUUCAAAACGGAUAUUCUCUAUCUCGGUUUACAUUCCUGGUUCUGACUUCAUUUAAAAAUAUUUUGUGCUUUUUAUAGAAACAACCAUUUAAAAAGCUAAUCUGGUUAGUUUUUUAUAAUGUCUUGCUCUUGGCUUUAAAACCAUAAAGCAGCGUGUAAGUUCACUGUGUUUAAUUUGACAUCAGAGGGAGAAUUACUGGCGGCUUAUUUAGGGAUGGGGGGGAACCUUUAGGGAGGGGGUGGGAGAGGGUUGAGGGAGAGGGCUGGCUGUAUGAUGUGACUUUAAAUUUUCAUUUUCUUGUCUUUGUAAAUAAUUUUUUAAUGACCCUACUUCUGAUCUGCAGUUUUCUAACUCCUAAACAAAAGUCGUAUGGGUCUUAUUGUAACAUUUGAAAAGAAUAAAUGGUGACCCCUUUA